UUUUUUUUUCGGGGUUCUGGCCAUUAACAUUCACUCCACAUCGAAAUUGAGAGGAUCCCGCGCGAAACAACGAUCAAGUGGACAGCACACUGCAUACAGCGGUACGACGGUACAGCACACCGAAGAUUCGAACUUCCAGAUCCGUUGCGGAACCGCGUAUCCAGGUCCUCCUUCUCGUGCGCGCAGAGAGAGUGACCUCCUCCACCCACCUCAUGAUCGCAAAGUGACAGCGAACCGAAACUGCUGCGUGCCCUGCCCACCAUGGUCUCCCUCCUCGUCACGGUCUUCCUAAUCCAACUGGUCUGCCACCUCGUCCUGACGAUCGGUUCCAAACCCAUCAACGACCUACUAUGGCAAAUCUACUGCCGCCUCCCGCUACAAUCGUCCACGGACAUUCAAGAACAGAUGCGCCUGCGCCGCGAGGUGCUGAGACUGAAGCGGGAGAUGAACGCGGUCAGCGCGCAGGACGAGUUUUCCAAGUGGGCCAAGUUGAGGAGACAGCAUGACAAGGCCAUGGACGAGCAUGACAAGAAAGGUGAGUUGUUCAUUUACCCCCUCUCACACCAGGAAGCGAGGGGUUGCAACCGGGAGGAGGUCGAGAAAGGCAAGAGAGAAAAAGAGUGUUUCGUACUGGUGACAUGGAUUUCUACUUUUCACGCUACUCUUUGCUGGCAAGGCAGAAACGGGGGCAAGAGACAAAAAAGCAAACACCACUGCAUUUUAUUUUCUCUCCGUCACAGCCCCCAACUAACAGACGAUAUCUAUCUUUGUCUUGCAGCCGCCGCGGUUUCCUCCUCCCGCGCCUCCUUCGACACCAAAGCCACGGCGAUCCGGUGGACGUGCACCAGCGGCCUGAGACUCGCGCUGCAGUUCUGGCACGCAAAGACCCCGGUCUUUACGUACCCGCGCGGCUGGUUCCCCUGGUACAUCGAGUGGCUGCUCGGCUUCCCGCGGUGCCCGUACGGCGGCGUGAGCAUCAACGUCUGGAGCACGGCUUGCGCGACCGUCAUCGCGCUCGUGUGGGACGUCAUGGUCUACCUGAUCCAGAGCGUGCAGCAGCAGGUGCGAGGCGGGCAACAACAGGGGAAGGAAAAGGUAGACGGUAGAAGAAAACAAGAGGUGCGAACGUGAAAACGUGAACAUUAUGACUUCCAAUACCUCGAAUAGAUGAGGUGGUUAAGAGUUUGGGAAAAGACCUAUGCCCUCCCAAAUCAAAGGCUCAAGGAUACUUUGAGGGGCUUCGGCGUGGUUCCAUCAGAGUAUAUUCAACCAUGUUCGCGUCACUGGCCAAACCCAAGCUCGCUUGGAGUCGUGGAGGCCUAAGUGCUUGACUCUAUUGUGAUUGAGAGUUCAUCAUUUGAAACCACUCGCCGCAGCCAGCGCUCCUCUUCAUCGCCUUUUCACAAGGAUCCCCCUGUGGUGCUGCUUUCUCACAUGCGCAGGGUGCUUGUUCAUGAAACGCCUCGCGAACACACCAAAGGAAGAGUCCGGUCCGUUCGACAGGACAUCUGCGCCAUCGUGGACGAUAGUCGCUGCUUUCCAUAAGCUACAGACUCAAAAGAAGAAAAAGUAGUGGUGUUGCUCCGCGCCUCAAGAAUAAGCCCCAUCGAGUUACUCUCCGUGGCCCAACCGCCGCAGGGACGGAAAUGG